AUGAGUGAAACAAAAUCAAAGGAGAGCCAACAAAAAUAGAAUUUAAUAAUGAUAGGAGGAUAAUACGCAUUGAAAAGCUGUAUCUAUAGAGGGAGAGUCCAUAAUCUGUAUUUGGGUAAGAAUAUCUGAUGUAUGUUGAAAGCGAUAAACAAAUAGCAACCUGGAAAUUACUUCAUAGUGCGAUUAGUAAUGUAAAUAAGAGUUUAAAUUUAUUGUUAGUUCAUUUACCUGAUAGGCUAACACAAACAUAGAUAGCAUUUAAGAGGAGGAGAAGCUGUUAAAGAAAUUGAAUGUUGGUAUAAAAAGUAAGUUAUGAAUUUAAGUGACAUUCAUGCCUACAGUAUUGGCAUCAGGAGAUGUGAGACUGCAGAAUACAAAUUACUAUUAUUAAGUAUUUGA